UUUCUCACUUCCUGAAGCCGCAGUUCAGGGUGGGCCUGCGGAAGUAUUGUGCAAACACAGGGACAGUCUGACACAAUUUCUUUCCUUUUAGAUUUCCUUGAAUAAAAUAGACUCAACAUGCCGGCUUACCACUCCACUCUCAUGGACUCUAAUACCAAAUUCAUUGGUAACAUGGCACUGCUGCCGCUCAGAACACAAUUCAAAGGGCCAGCUCCCAGAGAAACCAAAGAUACAGACAUCCUUGAUGAAGCCAUCUACUAUUUUAAAGCCAAUGUCUUUUUCAAAAAUUAUGAAAUCAAGAAUGAAGCAGACAGGACUUUGAUUUAUGUAACUCUAUAUAUUUCCGAAUGUCUAAAGAAACUUCAGAAGUGCAACUCCCGAAGCCAGGGAGAGAAGGAGAUGUACACUCUGGGGAUUACCAACUUCCCAAUGCCUGGGGAGCCAGGGUUCCCUCUGAACGGCAUGUACGCCAAGCCCACUAACAAGCAGGAGGAAGAAACCAUGAGGACCUAUUUGCAGCAGAUAAGACAGGAGACUGGCUUGAGGCUGUGUGAGAAAGUGUUUGAUCCUCAGACUGAUAAACCCAGCAAGUGGUGGAUCUGCUUUGUGAAGAGGCAGUUCAUGAACAAGAGCCUGUCUGCUCCUGGCCAAUAAAACACAAUGAGAAACUAGAGAGAGAACAAACUGUGCUUUGCAGCUGGAUGUAACUGUUUUUGAGCAUUUGUUUUGCCAUGGUGGUUUUUAAAGUGUGUGGAUAUAAUGAAACUGCCAUGCCUUCUUUUUAGGGGUAAAAAAUGAGGUCAGACAAUGACAGGCAUUUUUGAUACUAUAUACAGUACAGCAUGUUAAGCUGGUGCUUAAUAAAGAACAGUUUAAUCUUAUGUAUUUAGUUGUUUUACAGAAGUAAAGACAAAUCGUCUCUUCAUUAGCAUUCUUGGAUUCAAGUGUGAUUAUUUAGAUUCCAUUUUAAAUAACUCAUUAUUUCCUGCUACAUUACAAAGCCAAAUUUCGCUGCUGCUGAGUGUUUUCUUCAAAUUUGUUAAAAUUUAAUCCUGCUUUUAAAGCCUUGUAUAAAAUUACUUAUUUGCUUACUGUACUAAAAUGUAAUUAAUAAAAUACAUUUCGUUUA